GAGGUCUUUGCGGGCUUGCACACGAUUGAGGAGGAGGACAAUCACGAUGGCGCUGACAGCCUUCCUGACCACGACGUUCUUCGGGAAGCAGCGGCAGCUCUGAAGAGAAACAGUGCCGACCUCUCAGAAGUACAGACUCUACCAGAUUCAACUCCUCCGCGCUUGUCAAUGGACUUGACGGCAGAGACCCCGGUCGAAUUGGUGGACUUAUGCCCCGUUCGGGCUGUUGUCUACUCCAUCACCGGCCUUCCCGCGUCAACAUUAGAAGGCAUCGCUGAUCCAGAGUGCUCCAAGUGCAAGCUGGCGAUAAACGGUCAGGGUUACUCUGACAUUGUGGACUUGAGCAAGGAGGAGCCUGCCCUUCCUGGUCAAGCAAGUGGAGCGUU